AUGACGCAGAGAUCUGCUCGAGGCUUAAUUCAGCCAGCCAGAGCAACUCGUUCAUCAAUAAAUGCUGGUAUGAAAUCCAGAAUGAGUGCUAAUGCUAAUCCAACAUUUGCUAGAGUUCCAUUAGGUGAAAUUAAAGGUCCGGUUUCCUGCUAUUUGGGAUCCAAACCAGCUGCUGUUGAAAAGGGCAUCCCAAGUGUGCAGCUUCCCAAUGUUAGAAUUGGAGAUAAAAAGAAUGCUCAAGAUUGCACAGAAUAUGAUCUUGAGAUCUACAAUUAUAUGAGAAGUGUUGAGAAUGAAAACCUUCCUCAACCAUCAUUAUUUGAGAAUCAGUCGAAUAUUACACCAAAAAUGCGAUCAACUCUCAUUGAUUGGAUUGUCGAAGUACACAAAAAGCAAAACAUGCAUACGGAUACACUUUUCUACAUUGUUGCUUACAUAGACAGAUACUUGAUGGAGAGAGACCUUGAUAAGAGCAAAUUCCAACUACUUGGCUCAGCAGCCAUCCUUUUGGCAGCUAAAACGGAAGAAAUUUAUCCACCAAAGUGCGAAAAAUUAGUUCACUAUGCUGGUGACUCAUUUACAGUUAUUGGUUUGCAAAGAAUGGAGAUUAAUUUAUUAAAUACUCUUGAAUUCUCUACAACACCAAUCCUAUCUUCCCAAUUCCUCCGUAGAUUCCUUAUUCUUGUGAACUCAGAUAUGAUUUUGAAUAGAUUCGCUCAUUACGUCAAUGAAUCAAUUCUCCUUGACUCAGAGUUCAUUGGAAUUAGUCCUUCAAAAACUGCUGCUGCUAUUCUUUACUAUUCAAUGGUCAUCACUAACAAUAGCACACUUUGGACGAAAGAUCUUGAAAGGCAACUUUGCUAUACAAAGUCAGAACUUUCUCCUGUUGCAAAUAUGAUUCACCUUUCACUCCAAGCAACUGCUGCAUCAAGAUAUCAAGCAAUCAGAAAGAAAUAUGCAACAGAACAGAAUGAGUUUGUUAGUACUAUCGAGUUACCAAAAUUUUUAACAUUGUAA